AUGCCACCAAAGAAAGCCAAUACCUCGGCGGCGAAGUCCGCAGCAAAGCCAGCAGCAACGAGAGCCAAGAGAGCCGCUACACCAAAGCCUGCUAUACUUCCUAACACGAAGAAGCCCGUUGCCGCCAAAAAGUCCACUGUCGCGUCCAAAGCAUCGAAGCCAGCUGCCUCCAAACCCGCAGCCAAGGCAAGAUCCGCCACUCCCAAGCCUGCCGCAGCCCCAAAAGCCGCGAAAUCCACUUCAACAAAGCGAAAGGCUUCUGAGGAAGACGUCGAGGAACCUAAAUCAAAGAAAGCAAAGACCGCCGUCGAGCCAAAGAAGGCCGCCGCCAAAGCAGCACCUAAGCCUCCAGUAAAGAAGGCGCGUGCCAAGUCUGUCACCAAGAAGGCAGCAACCGAAGAACCUGAUGAGAAGCCGGCCAAGGCCGCAGUCAAACCAGCAGCUGCCAAACCUAAGAAACAACUUCCUACCCUCAAUACCCCACCUACUCAGAGACUUGAUAUCUACGUCUUCGGCGAGAAUUCAGCUGGCGAGCUUGGCCUUGGAGCCAGAGGCUCGAAUGGCAGAAAAGUUACUGAUGUCGCACGUCCUCGCCUUAAUGAUAAGCUUUCCGCCAAAGAUGUUGGCGUUGUACAGAUUGCUGUGGGUGGCAUGCAUUGUGCUGCUCUCACUCAUGAUAAUAAGAUCUUAACCUGGGGUGUCAAUGACCAGGCUGCUCUCGGUCGCGAGACCAGUGAUGAAGGAAAGAUGGUAACCCUUGACGCUGGCGAAGCUGAGAAUGAGGAUUCCGAUUCCGAUUCCGACGAUGAUUCUGGCUUGAACCCUUCCGAGGCCGAACCCCGCGAAGUUGAUCCAAAAUACUUCCCAGAGGGCACCAAGUUCGUCAGCGUCCAUGCUGGUGAUAGUGCUACAUUUGCUCUUACAACUGUUGGUACAGUGUACGGAUGGGGCACUUUCCGAGGUAAUGAUGGUAUCCUUGGUUUCCGCACCGAUGUCCACAUUGCACACUUCCCUAUGCUCAUUCCUGAGCUUAAGAACAUCACGUCUAUGGCCAUUGGCUCCAACCAUGUUCUCGCUCUUAAUAACAAGGGCAGAGUCUUUGCCUGGGGUGCUGGUGAGCAAAAUCAGCUUGCCAGACGCGUCGUCUCCCGCACAGCCACUGGUGCAUUGAUUCCUCGCGAGUUUGGCCUACAGCGCAAGACCAUUGUUCACAUUGGAACUGGUGCUUAUCACAGUUUUGCUGUUGACAACAAGGGAAAUGUUAUGGCCUGGGGUCUAAACACAUUCGGUCAAACUGGUGUCCCUAAAGAUGACGACGAGGACGAUACCGUCGCCACUCCUACCUUAGUCGAGUCAUUGAGCGACUAUUCCGUUCAACAAAUCACUGGUGGUGCCCAUCAUAGUAUGGCCUGUACCAAAGAUGGCAAAGCACUUAUUUGGGGCCGAGCAGAUGGCGGACAAACUGGUCUUGAUAUUUCCAGCCUCCCUACUGAGACAUUAUAUUACGACGAGUACAACAAACCUCGCUACCUUGUUAAACCCACCGCCAUCCCAAACGUCAACUGCUCAUAUGUCGCAGCUGGCAGCGAUACUUGUGUAAUCCUUGGCGAUGAUGGAAAGGCAUAUUCAUGGGGGUUCUCAACCAAUUACCAGACAGGUCUAGGCACAGACGAAGAUGUGAAGACCGUACAGCAUGUGGACAACACUGCUGUACGGGAGAAGAAGUUGGUGUUUGCGGGGGUGGGGGGACAGUUUGGUGUUUUGGCAGGCGUUGCAGCAUAA